UAUAAAAAGGCCACACACACCGAGUUUCGUCAGGUAGCUGCCAGCAUGAUUGCCAAGCUCGCUCUGCUCCUUGUCUGCGUUGCUGUCGCCAGCGGUAACCCCGCGGCGGGCAAGCCAUGGCACUGGAAAUCUCCAAGGCCACUGGUCACUCCUAUUGGCCCUGUGAAGUCCUCUCGCAUCGUGGGCGGGGAGGAGGCGACGCCCCACUCGUGGCCCCACCAGGUGGCUCUCUUCAUUGACAACAUGUACUUCUGCGGCGGCUCCCUCAUCUCCAACGAGUGGGUGCUGACUGCUGCCCACUGCGCUGACGGCGCCGGAUUCAUCGAUGUUGUCAUGGGUGCCCACAACAUCCGCCAGAACGAGCCCUCUCAGGUGUCCAUGACGAGCAGGGACUUCUUCACCCAUGAGCACUGGAACUCGUUCCUGCUGACAAACGAUCUUGCUCUCGUCAGGCUGCCGUCCCCUGUGACUUUCAAUGACAACAUCCAGGCUGUCAAAUUGCCCUCAUCUGAUGUGAGCGUGGGAGACCUCGUCACCCCCACUGGCUGGGGAAGGCCCUCUGACAGCGCCAGCGGAAUCUCUAACGUUCUCCGCCAAGUGACAGUCCCCGUCAUAAGCAACGAGGACUGCAACGCUGUGUACGGCAUUGUUGGAAGUGGCGUCGUCUGCAUCGACGGUGCCGGUGGCCACAGCACUUGCAACGGUGACUCUGGUGGUCCCCUGAACAAGGGCGGCAGGACCUACGGCAUCACCUCUUUCGGGUCCGCUGCGGGCUGCGAGAAGGGUUACCCCGCCGCCUUCACUCGCGUGUACCACUACCUGGACUGGAUCCAGGAAAAGACCGGUGUCACCCCCUGAGCAGCAUAAAGAAUCCUUCACUUCCUCCACACAGGACAAUUCUUCCGUGUCAGAGGAAGGCUGAAAAUAUCAUGUCAGUUCCCCAAAUAAAAUCUUAAAAAAUAA